ACUAGGUGCUAGGAUGGGGCUAAAACCCGAAUGUUUACAACGUCUGGCUCCGCCCCUGCGUUGCCCUAUCUCGUUUCCGUAAAAUCGACAUCGCGAAAACAGCAUGCAAAGACAAUAUUUUAGUCAAAUAAUGUUAUUUCCCGUGUAACCAUACUUGGACUUUAUAGCAUUACAGCCUACCUGUAGAGGUUAACGGCCAAUGAGGCCAGAAUUUAUCAAGUCCAUGAACUACAAGUCCCAUAAUGUAGUCGGCAGUCUGGUGAGAUAGCGCCGUUGAGAGAAGUGGAUGUAGGCUAUUCGGAAAACAGAGGGGAACGAGAGAGGUUUUUUCCUCACAGAUGGAGGUUUAUCCGUAGUGGACGAGGAGCACGGUCGCCGAAUUUGAGCAAAAUGGCGAAGGACCAGGAGGUCGAACGCAUUGCUAAAAAGCUGGACAAAAUGGUGCACAAGAAAAACACGGAUGGUGCCAUUGACUUGCUGAGGGAACUAAAAAACACAAAGAUGUCUUUAGAAACUCUCCAGUCCACCAGGAUUGGUAUGUCUGUGAAUGCAGUGAGAAAGCAGAGUGUUGAUGAAGAGGUCCAGACCUUGGCAAAGUCCUUGAUCAAGUCCUGGAAGAAACUGCUUGAUGGUUCGGAGGGUAAGGUGGAGGAGAAAAGGAAAGAGGAUUCCCCUCUGAGGUUAGCAUCCAGCUCCAAGGAUGGCCCUGGCUCCAGCGAGAAGAUUAAGAAACAGGAGGCUCCAAAGACCCCCGCCACCCCUACGACCCCCACCACCCCCAGGUCCACCUCCUUCCCUCCUGCCCCUGUCACCACAGACAGCGUGCGUACCAAGUGUAGAGAGCUACUGGUGGCUGCACUGCAGACAGACGAUGACCACAAGACCAUCGGAGCUGACUGUGAACACCUGGCUGCUCAGAUAGAGGAUUCCAUCUAUCAGGAGUUCAAGUCGACAGACGUCAAGUACAAGAGCCGCCUGCGGAGCCGCAUCUCCAACCUGAAGGACCAGAAGAACCCGGACCUGCGACGCAACGUUCUCUGUGGAAACAUCUCCCCUGAGCGCAUCGCCAACAUGACCGCCGAGGAGAUGGCCAGUAAUGAGCUGAAGGAGAUGAGGAAGGCCCUGACCAAGGAGUCCAUCAGGGAACACCAGCUGUCUAAAGUAGGGGGCACAGAGACGGACAUGUUCCAGUGCGGCAAGUGUAGGGGCAAGAACUGUACCUACACACAGGUGCAGACACGCAGUGCUGAUGAACCGAUGACCACCUUUGUGCUGUGCAACGAGUGUGGGAACCGCUGGAAGUUCUGUUGAAGUUCCGAAGAGACUGGAUUUGCCAUCAAGAACACCACCAGCUGAAAUAUGGUCACAACUGGCAUAUUGAUUUUUUUUUUAAUUUGGCUUUGAUAUAUAAUUUUUUUUAUACAUUUUCAAGAUCUGUAAUAUAUUUGAAGCAAAUAUUGCCAGGGAUUGUAUUUUUUUUGCCACUAAAUAGCACUAAUUUUAAACCAUUCGGGCUUUAGUGUUGGUCGUUAGACUGUACUAUAACAGUUCUUCACCUGGCCUUUCAGAUGAACUACCUCUGUCAGAGUACUUCAGACUGCUUGCUGUCUUCCUCCCUCCUAGCCUUGAGGUCCUCUCUGAUUGGACAUGAUGUAGGAUGGGUCUCAAUAAGCUUGUCUCUUCACAUCUUAAAUCCACCCAGUCCUCGUUAAGGAGCGAUGCAGUAGCAGAGUACUCGGACAGAAGUAGUUGUGCCUUUUUGUUUGUGUGUCAUUCAGUGCUGUGUUUAAGUUGCCUUUACUGUCCGUCAGAACAACGACCCAGGCUGUGUAAAAGAGGCUUGAAGCACGUCUGUUGUCAUGUGGUUCACAGACUGAUCCGGUUAAAGCUGCAAUCCCCGGUUCCCCUACAGUAUCUGUCUGUCUGAUGGUGCUGCUGAAACAGCAACAUAAGUGCUUUUCUCUCUACUGUGGUACUAAACAC